AUGUCUGACCCUAACUCCUCCACUCUCGGCUCUUAUGUCAACUCGGCCACAGGUGCUGCUCAGCGUGCCGUUGGCUCUAUCACUGGCAACUCCUCCACUCAGGACAAGGGUGAAGCAGCCAAGGCUCAAGCCGAAGAACAACACGAAAACUCCCACACAACCGCUAAGCUCGGCCCCGUGGCCGCAGAUCCCAACACCGGCGCCACUGCCACCGAUGACCCCAACCGCUCUAACGGCUCCUGGGACCAGACCGUCGGCUCAGCCAAGGAGUCCUUGGGUAACCUGAUCGGCAACGAGGGCUUGCGCAAGGCUGGCGUUGAGCAAAACGCUGCUGGCAAAGAGCAGGAGGCUCGUGGACAGCUCAAGGACUGGGGUCAGGGAAUCCAGAACCGCGCCCAGGGUACCCUUGGUGGUGUCGCUGCUGCUGUUACUGGUGACCGCGAAGAGGAGAAGAAGUACCAGGAAAUGCACGAUGAGGGCAAGGUCCGUCAGCGAGGUGCUGAGGCUGAUAUUGCCAAGCGCCAGGGUGCUUAA